GUAUGACGGAUCUCGAUGACCCAUCAUUCCUUGCAGAUUUCCACGCAGUCUUUAACAAGAGCUUCUUCAUGCAGGGCUUCCGUUUCACCCUUGAUUAAAGCUUCCACGACCCAUUCAGCGUCAGCUUCAAUUAUCAAUCUUUCCGCUCCCAAGGACUUCGCCAGGAAUAAACCUUGCCUGAUUCCCCAAAUUUCUGCAAUCGAGCAGCUAGUUUUCCCGAUUUUUACGAGGUGCAGGGAAGAGAUAAAAAUGGCGACAGUUCCGGGACAGUUGAUUUGGGAGGUAGUGAAGAAGAACAAUUGUUUCUUGGUGAAGCAAUUUGGAAGAGGAACUGCUGGAGUUCGAUUCAGCAAGGAGCCCAACAAUCUCUACAAUCUCAACUCCUACAAACACUCUGGGUUGGCAAACAAGAAAACUGUCACCAUUCAACCUGGGGGCAAGGACCAGUCUGUGCUGUUAGCAACAACCAAGACUAAGAAGCAGAACAAGCCUUCGAGCUUGCUUCACAAGUCUGUCAUGAAAAAGGAGUUCCCCACGAUGGUCAAGGCAGUCAAAAACCAGGUGACGGACAACUAUUACAGGCCUGAUUUGACAAAAGCUGCCCUCGCAAGGUUGAGUGCGGUGCACCGCAGUCUGAAGGUUGCCAAGUCCGGUGUCAAGAAGAGAAACCGACAAGCAUUGAAAAUCAGUGGCAGGAAGUGAGCUUUACAAUAUGGAGGUUAUACAGUUCAUUGUGCUGCAAUUUAGUGUUGUUUUGGAUCCUCGUCUUGUUUUGAAAUAGACUUUCUUUCAUGGUUUUAGCUUGGUGGAUUUUAUAGUUAGAUUUCCAAAACAAAAGUGAUCAGCAUGCUUCUUUCUAUUUUGUUUAUCGGAUUAUAAUAUUGUAAGUUCGAUCA